CCAUAGUCCAUAUUACGACCCCUAGAAGCACAAUCAUGGCAUCUUCCGUUAAAGUCCGGGGCGUCCCUCACACAGGCAUCACUGUACGAUCACUUCCCCGAGCAAUUAACUUAUUCCGUGACAUCUUGAAUCUCCCCGUCCAGGAAUCUAAUCACUUCUGCCCACCCAUCUCCACCAUCGUGGGCCAUCCCAAGGCCGAGGUCGAGAUCGCCUUUGUCGAGCUUCCAGGCGGCCACCUGGUCGAAUUGCUGGAAUAUUCCUCUCCGCCAGCAAAUGAGCGCCAGGUGUUGAAACCACGGCCUUGGGACGUCGGGAACUGGCAUUUAUGUCUGGUGGUGGAGAGUAUGGAGCGUACGGCCCAGGCCCUGGAGGCAGCAGGGACGGGCUGGGUGAGGAUGGCGCCUCCGCAGAAGUUAGAUAAGGGUCCCAGUUCGGGGAUGAUGAUGUUGUAUAUGCGGAAUGAGGAGGACGGGCUGACGUUGGAGCUGUUUGAAUGAGUGUCCAGUGGAAUAUGAUACUCAAGCGAACUAUAUUGGUGGAAAUAGACACUGGGUCUGGUACUGUAGAUGUGAUGCGCGUCCUCUGCUGUUGCUUGGACUAAAUUGAAUCAUAGCAAUAGUUGAUUUAAAUGCACAACAGUAAUAAAAUGGUGUACGAAGAUAUUGUGUUACAUUUACUACUAUAUAAUAUACGGAGACAGCCGCGGGGUUUUCUAUUUUC